AUGGCCAAGCUCACUCUCCUCACUGGUCUGAUUCUUCUGCUGACAGCUGAGCUACGUUCUGCCUACCAGCUGACAUGUUACUUCACCAACUGGGCCCAGUACCGGCCAGGCCUGGGGCGCUUUAAGCCUGACAACAUCGACCCCUGCCUCUGUACUCACCUCAUCUAUGCCUUUGCUGGGAUGAGCAACAACGAGAUCGCCACCAUCGAGUGGGAUGAUGUGACUCUCUACCAAGCUUUCAAUGGCCUGAAAAACAAAAACAGUCAACUGAAAACUCUCCUGGCUAUUGGUGGCUGGAACUUUGGAACUGCUCCAUUCACUGCCAUGGUUUCCACUCCUGAGAACCGCCAGACUUUCAUUACGUCAGUCAUCAAAUUCCUGCGUCAGUAUGAGUUUGAUGGACUGGACUUUGACUGGGAGUAUCCUGGCUCUCGUGGAAGCACUCCUCAGGAUAAGCACCUCUUCACUGUCCUGGUGCAGGAAAUGCGUCAAGCUUUUGAGCAGGAAGCCAAGCAGGUUAACAAGCCCAGGCUGAUGGUCACCGCUGCAGUAGCUGCUGGCAUCUCCAACAUCCAGUCUGGCUAUGAGAUCCCUCAACUGGCCCAGUACCUGGACUACUUCCACGUCAUGACCUAUGACCUGCAUGGCUCCUGGGAGGGUUACACUGGAGAGAACAGCCCCCUCUACAAGUACCCCAGUGACACUGGCAGCAAUGCCUAUCUCAAUGUGGAGUAUGCAAUGAACUACUGGAAGGACAAUGGAGCUCCAGCUGAGAAGCUCAUCGUUGGAUUCCCAGCCUAUGGACACACCUUCCUCCUGAGCAAUCCCGCCAACCAUGGAAUUGGUGCCCCUACCACUGGCCCUGGCCCUGCUGGACCCUACACCAGGCAGUCUGGAUUCUGGGCCUACUAUGAGAUCUGCACCUUCCUGAAGAAUGGAGCUACUGAGGUGUGGGAGGCUGCUGAGGAUGUUCCCUAUGCUUACAAAGGCAAUGAGUGGCUUGGAUAUGACAACCCCAGGAGCUUCAAAAUUAAGGCUGAUUGGCUGAUGAAGAACAACUUUGCAGGUGCCAUGGUCUGGGCCAUUGAUUUGGAUGAUUUCACAGGCACUUUCUGCAACCAGGGCAAAUUCCCCCUGAUCACCACCCUGAAGGAUGCCCUGGGCCUGCAGAGUGCAAGUUGCAAAGCCCCAGCCCAGCCUAUUGCUCCCAUCACUGAGGCUCCCAGCAGCAGCGGAGGCAGUGGUAGUGGCAGUAGCAGCUCUGGAGGCAGCUCCGGCAGCAGCUCUGGGGGCAGCCCCAGUGGCAGUGGAUUCUGUGCCAACAGGGCCAGUGGCCUAUAUCCUGACCCCACCAACAAGAAUGCCUUCUACAACUGUGUGAAUGGACAAACCUUCACUCAGCACUGUCAGGCUGGCCUCGUCUUUGACGCUUCCUGCUCCUGCUGCAACUGGUGA